AUAAUUCACGUCGAUCCUCACUUGGCUCAUAGAUCUCGCUCCCGAGAAUAUACCCGUACGAGUUUCCGAUGGUUAUAGUGGUGCUCGUGAGCCUCCUACGCCGCAUGCGCCGUCCACUUCCGGCGUUCCUCGCUCGCGGAACGGGGGGAACGACGGAACAAAAUGUCGUAAUGGCGAAUGCGUCUAUUCCGCGUAUUUGAUGUCGCGAUAAAGUUGGGCGUACGCGUCCGCCUUAUCGGUUAUCUCGACGAGACUCGGUUACCCGCGGGCGUUUCUCGGGCUCUCCUCGCGUCGUCGACUCGACCCGUGAAUGAGCGUUGACAGUUCGAGCGCGAAAAAUCGCGGCGACGCGCAACGUACCGUGUCGGUGAAUCAUAUCCGAGAUAUGGAGAGGAUCGACUCGAAUAACAAGCGUUAAUUGCGUUGCUCUAGCGACGCAUUCCGGAGCACGUGCGACGACGUAUCCGCGUCCGUCCGGCGCCGAACGAACUGUCAAAUACUUAAUUGUCAUCUCUUUCCCCGCGAUAAUCUCUGGCGCACGCAUCUCCGCACGUGUAUCUCCAGAAUAUGAAAUCGGAGCGAGCAUGAAGGUAACCGUGUGCUUCGACAACGUCAGGGUGGUGGUCCCAUGCGGAGAUGGAACUCUGCUCGUGAGGGAUCUGAUGCACGAGGCCAUCCUGAGAUAUAAAAAGGCUACUGGAAAGAACGAUAGCAUCCUGACCAUCAAUAGUCUAUCUUCUUUAACCGGAGGCGGCCUGUUGGAUCCAGACGACAGAUUGUGCGAUGUAGCCGACGACAGGGAGCAGAUUGUGGCUCAUUUCGUCAGCUCCGAUGUCAAUCAUAUUGGUGGAGAUGGUGCAAGCUCAGUCGGCACAAAUAGUCCUGACUUCUUCCAUACGGAUGGGAAGGAGCAGUCUUAUCCAAUCGAUAUUCAUUCCUCUAUGCCUACUAGUAGUAUUAAGAGAGAAAGUACCAAGCGGUUGUCAAUGCAUGCGUUGUCAACCAGGGAGCCUUGUCUCGCAACGUAUUCUGCUCAGUCCUUACCUAGAGAGUCUCGACGUAGGGAACCUUUAGGUCAAGAUUCCAAGACUUCAUAUGAAUUUGGUAAUAAUAUUGAAUCUGAGGAUCAGGAGGUACGAGAAAUUGUGAUAAAAAAUGAAGCAGGCCCAUUGGGACUUCAUGUGGUACCAUGUUACGACUUAUCAGGCAAUGAUCAAGGUCUUCGAGUUGAAGGUAUCGAACCAAAUGGUCGUAUUGCUAGGGAUGGACAAAUUGAUUUACACGACAAUAUUAUAAAGAUAAAUGGUCAUAAUUUGUUGCACAUACCAUUUUCAAAAGUCCAAGAAAUUUUUAGAACAUGUAUGAAUGAUCCUUGUUUGAAAAUUUCCAUUGUUAAACACAAAAAGAAAAUGAGGAGCGAGAAAUCUUUGCAUAAAAAUUAUGGAAAUACCAGUGGAGGAUCAGAGAAAACUGAAGAUGAGAAUAUUAAAAGACUUCAAUGUAGCAACUAUAAUCUUUUACAGACUGCAAACACUAGGAAAAUUGGACGAAUGAUAGAGAUAGAAUUAAUAAAAGGAACUAAUGGUUUAGGAUUUAGCGUCACCACACGUGAUAAUCCUGCUGGAGGACAUUGUCCUAUAUACAUUAAGAAUAUAUUACCAAAAGGUGCUGCUGUAGAGGAUGGCAGACUUAGACCGGGUGAUAGAUUAUUAGAAGUAAAUAACAAAGAAAUGACUGGCAAAAGUCAAGCGGAGGUUGUGUCAUUACUUAGAAGUAUUCCUCCUGGAGGUAAAGUUAGGAUGAUAGUAUCGCGGCAAGAAGAAAUUUCUUCAAACAUUCCAGAUUCUCAGGGUACUAAUGCGACAUCUACCUCAACUGCUGAGGUAAUGGAUAAUUCAAAAUAUUGGAACGCAUUAAAUAGAUCACCAACGAAAAAGAAUGAUAUACAAGAUAAAGUAAACACUCACACUUACGAUAAAUGUACAUAUAAACCAACAAAGUCUUUUGAGGACAUUGUCUUAUCUUUAAGGAAGAAUCGCGUGAUAAUGAAUUUAGAUAUACCAGUACAUGAUUCUGAGAAGGCUGGUUUAGGUGUCAGCGUUAAAGGUAAGACCAACAGUUCUGAAGAUAACACCAAUAUGGAUUUAGGCAUUUUUAUAAAAAGCGUUAUCCAUGGCGGUGCAGCAUCCAGAGAUGGUCGCUUACGAACCAAUGAUCAAUUGCUCAGGGUUAACGGUGUGUCCUUAUUGGGAUUGUCUAAUUCUGAAGCAAUGGAAACUUUAAGAAGGGCAAUGCUUAAUACAAACAGCUCAGUAACUGGUGUAAUUAAUCUUAUAAUAGCUAGGCGAGUAUCAUCAUAUGACACAAACGAAAAGAAUAUUGUAGAUAAUUUACAGCCUCACCGUAAGCCAGAAUCUGUUAGUAGCGUAUACAUAUCAGAUUCAGUUAAAACGAAUGAUGGUAUAAUUAAGGAGAAAAAUUCUUUAAAUUCUCAGACAGAUAUACUGGAUAAUGGAGGACUAUUGUCUUGUGUAACAGCUUCGCCAUGGAAUCCUGUCAUUGAUAGAUUAACAGAGCAAUAUAGUAAAAAUAGUCUAAGAAACGAAAGUUAUUGCCUUGCUACUAAUAAUGCAUGGAUAGAGCCCGUUGGUAAGAAGACAGUUAUAGGAUCGCGCGAUGAUCGAGUUGAAUCAGUAUUGCUAGAAGAAUCCAACAACGAUAGCUCUCAAGGAAACGAAGCCAAACGAAAUACCGAGGACAAAGACAGCCAAUAUUCCGGGGAUCCUACGUACGAUAGUCAAUUAUCUUUGGAAGAGUUAAAUUCUUCGUCAAAUAAAUUUUCUCGUGAUGCUCUUGGUAGACAGAGUAUGUCGGAGAAACGACACGCUGCUCUCGACGCUAAGAAUACGGAUACCUACAAGAGAAACAAGAAGUUACGCGAAGGUAGAGAAAACAAGAACGCAGAGCAAACCAAUCAGAAAUCGACCAGUCAAACGAGCAAUCAUUCAAAUGAUUUAGAAGAUUAUUCGAAGAGGAACAGCAAGUCCAACAAUUUUGACAAACAUACAAAUAAAGGGGCCUUAGCUGAAAAUACAAAUUCAGACAAUAACGUGAAACACUAUGAAAAGUCUGUUGAUCCUGCUCAAUCAGAAUAUAUGUACACUAUACCUGGAUGCAAUAAUAAGUUUCUUUCGCCGAGGAAACAUUGGCUUGUAGAUGAUGGCCAAGUUACGAGUAGCAAUAAUAUCAAAGAUGAGCGAGAAGGUUUCUCAAAUAGUCGCGGUGACGUGAAACAGGCUUCUCUUAAUUCAGCGUUAGACGAUCGAUAUAAACGUUCGCGAAAGAAAGGCGGUAUUCGGUCGGCGUUGCUCCGGUUGGGCAAGAACAGGAAAUCGCUCAAUUUCGGUGAUAGCAUAGAAACGAGGCACGAAACCAGUAAUUACUGCAGCGGAACGAUCAAUUAUAUCGCGUAAAUGCAAAAAUCAUUUGCUGAAUAGAUGCAUAGAAUUUUGUAUAAGUAAAUAAAAUAUACAUAUAUACAUAUCAUAUAUUCGUGCAUCUGCAAAUAUAUACACACAUU